AUGUCUCAACAAAAUAAAAAAAGAAAACCUAAAUAUCAAAAAAUUUCUUUACAAAUAAAAAACCAAAUUAUAGAUAAUGUUAAUAAUAAAGGUUUACCAAUUCGAGAGGUUGCAGCUAAUUUUCAAUUAGCAGCUUCAACUGUACAAAAAAAUCGAAUUGCUCCCAAAUCGCGAGGUGGUAACAAAAGAUCUAUUUUAAAUGAACAACUUAAAGAAUUUUUAGAAGCUGUGAUUGAAGAAGAACUAUGGAUUUCUAUUUCAGAUCUAGCACAAAAAUUAGUAGAUCAAUUUCCGAAUAUUCAGUCGCAGAGCCACUUAACAAUGGGUGGGCAGGAAUGGCCGAUAGAGCCAGCCUUCACUAAGGCGAGCGAUAUUGUACCAGACAGCCAUAAUACUCUUAAAACAAUUCAACAAAGGAAAGAAUAUAUACAAAAGAUCUAUAAUGAAAAUAUUAACAUUUAUAGAGAUAUGGUCAAUAUUGAUGAAACUGGCUUUAAUUUACAUUUUUCAAAAUCAAGGGGUCAUGCACGCUGUGGUCGGCCUGCUAUUCAUAAAGUCGUAAGUAACAGAGUGAAAAAUAUCUCUGUUAUUGCUGCAAUUAAUGAGAAUGGGAUUUUGCAUUAUAAGUCUAUUUUAGGUUCAGUAAAUUCAGAAAUUUUUGCCACCUUUAUUGAUAAACUUCUUAGAAUUAUUCCAAAUAGGAAAUUUUUAGUAAUGGAUAAUAUUUGUUUUCAUAAAUCAGAUAUAGUUAAAGAAAUUGUUGAAGAUACUACAUACCAAAUUUUAUAUCUACCACCUUAUUCACCUUUUUUAAAUAUGAUUGAAAAUUGUUUUUCAAAAAUUAAAGAUUCCGUUGCUAAAAAUUAUUUAAAAGAUCAAGAAACAAUUUUAAGUAGAAUGAACAAUGCAUUUAAUAUUGUUAUGAAUGAAGAUUGUGAAGAAUGGAUAAG